AUGGCUGCAGCGCGCCUGGAACCCCCGAGUCCAAGCUCACCAACACCGGAGUCACGAUCCCCGGAGCCGCCGGAGCUGGUCCUGGUGCCUGAUGAUGGCCGCUCCACCACGACCCCAGGUGACCUCAUCGAGAUCCAGGUGGUGAAGGUGACAGACACCACACUAGUACCUGAGCCCCCGGAGCCAGGUUCUUUUCACUGUGCCUUGUGCCCAGCUGCCUUCCGGCUGGUUUCCGAGCUACUGUUCCACGAACAUGGCCACCUGGCAGGGGCUGAAGGAAGCGAGCAGGGUGGGGACCCAAGCCGGUGCCAUGUGUGUGGCCACAGCUGUCCGGGUCCCGCCAGCCUCCGUGCCCACUACAGCUUGCACACGGGAGAGCGGCCCUACCGCUGCCCUCUCUGCCCCCGGGCCUUCAAGGCCUUAGCCCCUCUGCUCCGGCACCAGCACCGACAUGGGGUGGAGCCGGCGACCUCUCGGAGGUCUCCGGAGGCAGUCGCGGUUGGAGAACAGAGGCCUGGGAUUACCCAGGAGAGGUCGGAGGUGGUGAUGGCAGCGGCGGCGGCAGGCGCAGCAGUGGGAAAGCCUUUCGCCUGCAGGUUCUGCGCCAAACCGUUCCGCCGCUCCUCAGACAUGCGAGACCACGAGAGGGUGCACACAGGCGAAAGGCCAUACCACUGCAGCAUCUGCGGCAAGGGCUUCACCCAGUCCUCGGUGCUGAGCGGCCACGCUCGCAUCCACACAGGCGAGCGCCCGUUCCGCUGCACGCUCUGUGAUCGCACUUUCAACAACUCUUCCAACUUCCGCAAGCACCAGCGCACCCAUUUUCACGGGCCGGGGCCUGGGUUGGGAGACUCUGGAGGCCAGCUGGGAUCAUCAAUGACUGAAGGGUCAGAGAGUGGGGCAGGAAACACUAUGGAAGGAUGUGGGAAGACAGUCAAGAUGAAGAUGGAGGUUGACCAGUAGGCUGGAAGAGCAGGGACAUUGGGAAAUUAACAGGGAUGUAGGAAGUAGAUUGCAAGGGACGGGGGUGGCGGAAAGAAAAAGGCAGGGGACAUAUGAGGGGAGUUUGGGGUAGAUUACCAUACACAGCUAGUGUUGGAGAGCAGAGGGAGAGAACCAGGUUUGGAACUCCCACAGACCCACACACCACUUCUGUGAGACUCAGAGCAAGGGACAUAUGCAGCCCUCUGGAAGCCCAGCUAAAUGCAUGGCUAUGGGCUGGAUUUCACUACCCUACCUGCCUCCUCGUUGGGUUAUCCUUGUGCAAGACACAGCCUGUCACAACAUAGCCUGGGUGCUACAGAGUGGGGAUCAAGGUUGUGUGGAAGGGAGAGAAUCAGGGUCCAUCAUAGUGUUCCUGGUUUAGUCCUUCAUCUACAGGACUCUGGACUAUCUUGGGGGCUCCCUAGGGUUGACCAGGAUGGAAUCUUUUGCCUACCUCACUGGAUUGCACUGGACCUGGGAUGCUGACCCACCCUCAGGCAGAAGACGCCCCCCAGGUCGUCUAUAAAGAGACUCUGGGAUCCCAUCACCUCAAAGCCGGAGUCCCCAAGUCACUGCUGAGAGCACUUGAGCCUCAAGGAUGUAAGCCUGACCAUAGGAUCUUGACUCCAAGAGCUGCUUCCCCUGCCCCCUUGGCAGUCCCUCUAACCCAUCUAGACUCCUCUUCUAACGCAGCUUAGAACACAGACAGCAAGCAGCCACCUAAUAUCCCCUUCCUUAUUCUUUGGGCUCAGAGUCUAUGGUCCCCACAUCUACAUAGGAGCCUCAGGUUUCUUUUAAUUCCCUCCAGUCCCGAUUUGAAGCAAACAGUUUACUGCCUAGUCCCAGGCAAUCCCAAGGACGGACUGGCUGAUGGCAGCAUGAUGGGCUGGCCAUGGAGUGUGGAAUGAGUCACUGUGGUGGGGAGGGGCAAGAGGAGGACUUGGGAGCUGGAGAUGGGAAAUCUCCAGUUCUAUUCCUAUUAA